AUGUGUGCCAAUCAUAUGUUCCAACUUCGCAGUACCCCUAACCCACGCUGGGAGACCUCUAACCCACGCUGGGAGACCUCCCCUAACCUACGCUGGGAGACCUCCCCUAACCCACGCUGGGAGACCUCCCCUAACUCACGCUGGGAGACCUCCCCUAACCCACGCUGGGAGACCCCUAACCCACGCUGGGAGACCUCCUCUAACCCACGCUGGGAGACCUCCUCUAACCCACGCUGGGAGACCUCCUCUAACCCACGCUGGGAGACCUCCUCUAACCCACACUGGGAGACCUCCUCUAACCCACGCUGGGAGACCUCCUCUAACCCACGCUGGGAGACCUCCUCUAACCCACGCUGGGAGACCUCCACUAACCCACGCUGGGAGACCUCUAACCCACGCUGGGAGACCUCUAACCCACGCUGGGAGACCUCUAACCCACGCUGGGAGACCUCUAACCCACGCUGGGAGAGCUCUAACCCACGCUGGGAGACCUCCCCUAACCCACGCUGGGAGACCUCCCCUAACCCACGCUGGGAGACCUCCCCUAACCCACGCUGGGAGACCUCCCCUAACCCACGCUGGGAGACCUCCCCUAACCCACGCUGGGAGACCUCCCCUAACCCACGCUGGGAGACCUCCCCUAACCCACGCUGGGAGACCUCCCCUAACCCACGCUGGGAGACCUCCCCUAACCCACGCUGGGAGACCUCCCCUAACCCACGCUGGGAGACCUCCCCUAACCCACGCUGGGAGACCUCCCCUAACCCACGCUGGGAGACCUCCUCUAACCCACGCUGGGAGACCUCCCCUAACCCACGCUGGGAGACCUCCCCUAACCCACGCUGGGAGACCUCCCCUAACCCACGCUGGGAGACCUCCCCUAACCCACGCUGGGAGACCUCCCCUAACCCACGCUGGGAGACCUCCCCUAACCCACGCUGGGAGACCUCCCCUAACCCACGCUGGGAGACCUCCCCUAACCCACGCUGGGAGACCUCCCCUAACCCACGCUGGGAGACCUCCCCUAACCCACGCUGGGAGACCUCCCCUAACCCACGUUGGGAGACCUCCCCUAACCCACGGUGGGAGACCUCCCCUAACCCACGCUGGGAGACCUCCCCUAACCCACGCUGGGAGACCUCCUCUAACCCACGCUGGGAGACCUCCUCUAACCCACGCUGGGAGACCUCCUCUAACCCACGGUGGGAGACCUCCCCUAACCCACGCUGGGAGACCUCCCCUAACCCACGCUGGGAGACCUCCCCUAACCCACGCUGGGAGACCUCCCCUAACCCACGCUGGGAGACCUCCCCUAACCCACGCUGGGAGACCUCCCCUAACCCACGCUGGGAGACCUCCCCUAACCCACGCUGGGAGACCUCCUCUAACCCACGCUGGGAGACCUCCUCUAACCCACGCUGGGAGACCUCCUCUAACCCACGUUGGGAGACCUCCUCUAACCCACGCUGGGAGACCAGCCCUAACCCACGCUGGGAGACCAGCCCUAACCCAUGCUGGGAGGGAGAUGGCACCUGCUAG